AUCUCAUUCUUGCCUCCUCCAAACGCAGCAUCCCCGGCGGCGCGGCGCGGCGCGGCGCGGCGUGGCGUCUCGUCUCGACCCAUCCCUCCCCCUCCCACGCAGCUACGCAAACGCAAACGCUGGCCGUCGGAUCGGCUAUCGUGCGGCACCACCACCUGUCUCGCUUAUUUGGUUUUUGCCUCUUCUUCCAUUUGGAAGCAGGAAACAGAGAUUUGGAGCGGGAGAGAGAGCCCACGGCUAUUUCCUACCUCGCUAAGCAACCUUCCAACCUCGUCUGCUUAAGCCUGCAGGAAGCAGCGUUUCUGAGAGUGAGAGUGAGAGAAAGAGAGAGAGAGAGAGAUGGCAGGGAGGAGGCAGCUUCUGCUUCUUCUUCUUCUCUGGGGAUUCUUGCAGCUCAUUCGUCUUCCUUAUUCAGCGUCGCAGUCCUUCAUCGGCAUCAACUACGGCGACGUCGCCGACAACCUCCCGCCGCCGGCGUCCACCGCGCGCCUCCUCCAGUCGACGACCAUCACCAAGGUGCGCCUCUACGGCACCGACCCGGCCGUCAUCUCCGCCUUCGCCGGCACGGGCAUCUCCCUCCUCCUCGGCGCCGCCAACGGCGACAUCCCCAACUUCGCGUCCUCGCCGGCCGCGGCCGCCGCGUGGGUCGCCGCGCAUCUCCCGUCCACCUCGUCGCCGGCGAUCUCCGCCGUCUCCUUGGGCAACGAGGUCCUCUUCGCCGACACGUCGCUGGCGUCGCAGCUCGUCCCGGCGCUGCAGAACAUCCACGCCGCGCUGCCGCCCAACUCCAGCGUGAAGGUGUCCACCGUGCACGCCAUGGACGUGCUGGCGAGCUCCGACCCGCCCUCCUCGGGGGCGUUCAAGCCGGAGCUCGCCGCCGCGCUCGACCCGCUCCUGGCCUUCCUGAGCAAGACCGGCUCGCCGUUCCUCAUCAACCCGUACCCCUACUUCGCGUACCUGAGCGACCCGCGGCCGGAGACGCUGGCGUUCUGCCUGUUCCAGCCCAACGCCGGGCGGCCCGACGCCGGCUCGGGGCUCACCUACACCAACAUGUUCGACGCGCAGGUGGACGCCGUCCGCGCCGCGCUGGACGCCAAGGGGUACAAGGACGUGGAGAUCGUCGUCGCCGAGACCGGGUGGCCGCACAGCGGCGGGGCCGACGAGGCCGGCGCCACCGUGGGGAACGCGCGCGCGUUCGUCUCGGGGCUCGUGUCGCACCUCCGGUCCAUGGCCGGCACGCCGCGCGCGCCGGGGAAGCCCGUGGACACGUACCUGUUCGCCGUGUACGACGAGGACCUCAAGCCCGGGAAGCCGUCGGAGAAGUCGUUCGGGCUGUUCCAGACCACCACCCUCGCCGAGACGUACCCGACGGGGCUGAUGAGGAACGGCACCGCCGCCGGUCUGGCACCAGCCAUGGCGCCGGCGGCGGCGGCGCCGACCCUUCCGGUCAAGCCAUCACCUGCUCCGGCGAGACUGCCGGGGCAACAACCACAGGUGACUCCAUUGCAGCCGGGCUCGGCGGCGGCGGCCGGGCCUUCAGCCCUGUGCGCGCCGGGGACGGCGACGACGACGGCGAGGGGAGCAGCAGCUGCUGCUUGUAGUAGUCCUAGUGCAGCGGAAUCGCCACGGACAAUGUCAGUGAUCAGCAUAAUUGCAGGCGUGUUGUUAAUGUACCUGUUAAUCUGAGAGGCAGAUGCAUGGAUGCAUUCUCUUGUACUCACAUUUUGUUAAUCAAAUCCUGUUGAUCUUGUCCAAGUAUUGCAUGAAA